ACUAAUCCGUUCGGUGAUUUGUAUUGUUGUGAUUUGAUUUUAAUUUAUUCGUGUUUUAUUAAAUUAAUAAUUUACCGUUAAAUAUGGAUUUAGGCGAUGUACCUGCUCGACAAUUAAAAGUUCGUGAUGAUAUCGGAAUACAAACCCAAAAAUUAUUUCAAAAUUUCCUCGAAGAAUUUAAAGAAGAAGGUGAGGUAAAAUAUCUGGAGCCAGCUAAAGAACUUGUGAGUCCGGAGCGUAGCACAUUGGAAGUGUCUUUUGAAGAUAUUGAAAAGUACAAUCAAGUUUUAUCCACAACUAUAAUAGAAGAAUAUUAUAGAAUUUAUCCUUAUUUAUGUCAAGCUAUUUGCAAUUUUGUAACAGAUCAUGGUGGCUUGACAAAAGAAAAAGAAUGUUAUAUUAGUUUGACUGAUGUACCAACGAGACACAAACUUAGAGAACUUACAACUGCAAAAAUAGGAACCUUAAUUCGUAUUUCAGGUCAAGUAAUCAGAACUCAUCCCGUUCAUCCAGAAUUAGUACUUGGAGCAUUUUUGUGUCUUGAUUGUAAUAUUCUAAUUAAAAAUGUUGAGCAGCAAUUCAAAUUUACAAAUCCAACAAUUUGUAUCAAUCCAGUUUGUAGUAAUAGACGAAGAUUUUUACUAGAUUUAGAUCACUCAGUAUUUGUUGACUUUCAAAAAGUUAGAAUUCAAGAAACUCAGGAAGAAUUACCACGUGGAUGUAUCCCUCGUUCUCUCGAAAUUAUCUUAAGAGCAGAAUCUGUUGAAACUGUUCAAGCUGGUGAUCGAUACGAUUUUACUGGAACAUUAAUUGUGGUACCUGAUGUUGGAGUACUUUCAAUGCCUGGGGCAAAAGCUGAACUAGGUUCGAGGCAUAAAAAAGGUGAUCAAGCUGAUGGUAUUAGGGGGUUAAAAGCUCUUGGAGUUAGGGAUCUUAAUUAUAAAAUGGCAUUUCUUGGAUGUAGUAUUACACCAACUAGUUUAAGGUUUGGAGGUACAGAAAUGGCAUUAGAUGAGAUUUCACAAGAAACAAUGAAGAAGCAAAUGACAACUGAUGAGUGGAAUAAAAUUUAUGACAUGAGUAAAGAUAAAAAUCUCUAUCAAAACUUAGUUUCGAGCUUAUUCCCUUCCAUACAUGGCAAUGAUGAAGUAAAGAAAGGAGUGGUAUUGAUGUUAUUCAGUGGAGUAGCCAAAAAUACAACUGAAGGAACUACACUACGUGGUGAUAUUAAUAUUUGCAUCGUUGGUGAUCCUAGUACCGCAAAGUCCCAAUUGCUUAAGCAGGUUGUUGAAAUAUCUCCAAGAGCUAUUUACACGUCAGGAAAGGCAUCUACCGCAGCUGGUUUAACUGCCGCAGUUGUUAAAGAUGAGGAAUCAUCUGAUUUUGUUAUUGAAGCAGGUGCUUUAAUGUUGGCUGACAAUGGUAUUUGUUGUAUUGAUGAAUUUGAUAAAAUGGAUCUAAAGGAUCAAGUCGCAAUUCACGAGGCUAUGGAGCAACAAACUAUUUCAUUUGCUAAGGCUGGUAUAAGAGCAACUUUAAAUGCCCGUACAUCAAUUCUUGCAGCUGCUAAUCCCAUCGGUGGUCGUUAUGAUAGAUCAAAAUCCUUACAGCAAAAUGUUAUGUUGACUGCUCCAAUCAUGUCAAGAUUUGAUCUCUUUUUUAUUUUAGUAGACGAAUGCAAUGAAAUUAUUGACAAUGCUAUCGCUAAAAAGAUAGUUGAUUUGCACAGCAAUAAUUUUGUUACAAUAGAGACUGUUUACACUCAAGCAGAAAUUCUACGAUACAUAAAUUUUGCAAGGCACUUUAAGCCUAUUCUAAAUGAGAAAGCCGGAGAAUUGUUGAUAAAAACAUACACUGACCUACGUCAGAGAGAAAGUCAAGGAGGCGCAAAAUCUACAUGGAGAGUGACUGUAAGACAAUUAGAGAGUUUGGUUCGAUUAUCAGAGGCACUCGCGAAAUUAGAAUGUCAGGAUGAAGUGACUGAAAAGCAUGUGAAGGAGGCUCGUCGUUUGCUUAGUAAAAGUAUAAUUCGAGUAGAACAGCCAGAUAUCGACCUUGAGGAAGGGAUGGAAGCUGCCAAUGAAAUGGACGUAGAUGAAGCUCCACCACUUAUGGCAGCAUUUAAUAAAAUGGAUAAUAAUGGUGAUAAUGCAUCUCACGUUGAUGAUGCUCAGGCAUCACAGUCAAAGAAAAAGCUGUCAAUGUCUUAUGAAGAAUAUAAAAAUCUUACUAAUAUGUUGGCGAUAUACAUGAGAGGCGAAGAAGCUCGAAUAGAAAGAGAAGGUGAGAAUAAAGAAGGUAUUAGAAAGUCUGAACUGGUUGCUUGGUAUCUUGAUAAAAUACAAGAUCAAAUUGAUUCUGAAGCCGAAUUAUUAGAACGAAAAUCUUUGAUAGAGAAAAUCAUUGACAGACUUAUAUAUCAUGAUCAAAUUAUUAUCCCGUUAACAACGAAUGCUGCAAAAUUGGAAGGCGAAGAUGAAGAUCAUAUGCUAGUUGUACAUCCUAACUAUAUUAUAGAUUAAAAUUCAUGUAUAGAAUUAAAUUUAAAACUUAAAAUUAAGUC